AUAAGUAUAAGAUAAUAUAGAGUUCACAAAAGUUAGAAAAAAGAGUUUAUUAAUUGAAGGGUGGUGUUCUUUUUGUGAAUCUUUGAAUUCAAUUUUUAUGCAGAGUUGUUUAGUUAUUUUCCGUGAGAAGGCUAUUGUAUCCUAGAGGGGACAAGUCACUGCUGAAUUGGUGAAAUAAUUUGUUGAAAUGGACUUGAAUCUCCUUAAAAAGAGCGAGAUAUUAAUGCCUCAACUGAAAAAGAAUCUUUACUUGUAAUUUUUUAGUUGUAAUAUUAUUAUAUUUUUCACCAAUAUAUAUUAUAUAUAAUAAUAUUUUUUAUUACUAUCGAAUGCGAGAAAAUACGUAAAGUGAAAAAAAAUCCACUUAUUUCCUUGGAAUUUAUCCAAUUUACUGAAUGUGCUGUCACAUUUAGAGUGAUGUUGGAUUAGACUAUUUACGCGUGUACUAAUAAUCAAAACUUCGUCCCAAAUAAUUAAGAAUACAAUUGAAUAUAAUUAUAAUUAGACAUCAGAAAACUUUAGGAGCAACUUCACAACUUCAUCCUCAGGUAAUUCAUGCUGUAAUUGAAUUAGAUACUUCCUUCGUUUUAAUUUGUUCGUUUUAUUUUCUUUUUAAUUCGUUUUAAAAAAGAAUGCAUCUUUCUUAUUUGGGCAACUCUUUAAUUCUUAUUUUACACGUGACCUGUGUGUAAAGACCACAAGAAAAGAUAUUAUUUUGGUUCAUUUUACUUACUGUUAUCUUGAUGACUUGAUGUAUGCAGUGGAAUAAAUUUUUAUGGAAAAAAUGCAAUAGUUAGGCAUCAAGUGGUAUCUAGUGAUGUAGAAUGUUACACGAGUACACUAUUUUUCUGUAUAGGAAGACUCUUUUCUCAGCAGAAACUGGAUGGAAUUACUUACUGUGAUUUGUUUGGGUAGUUUGUUAAAUAAAUCAAGAUUGGUGACUAGAUGAUCAUAUAAGUUGGUCGCCUGUUUGACUUAACAUGUUAUGCAAUUGAUGUUUGUAAAGCCAUAGGUUCUAUAAUUAUGGUGAAAUGAACUUGGAAUGCUAGGUAUGCCAAGGCCAAGAUUGUUCAAUGCUAGUUGUGAUUUAGUAGAGUUUAGAGUUUAGACAUGUAGCAAUUGUGGCAUCUAUUUAAUGCACAUUGUGUGAAUAAAGCCUACUUAAUUAGGCUAUGCUAGUUUGAAGUCUCAUCCAUUCGAACAUUGGACAUUUUUCUCCUUAUCAGCAAAAAAAGGUAAUGUGAUCAUCCUUCUUUCUGUUUAAUUCGUUUUUCAGUUUUAAUACUAUGGAAUUCUCAUGAAGUAUUUAUGGGAAUCUUGCUGCACAUAAUGCAUGUCAUGAAUGUUAAAUGGAUUUGUGACUUCAACUGCAGUGCACCCCUCCUUUUAUUCUUACAGCCGUAUUUAACAAUGUAAGUAGCUCUGGAGUAACUGGUAAAGUUGCUGCCACGUGACCAGGAGGUCACGUGUUCAAACCUUGGAAACAGCCUCUGGCAGAAAUGCAAGGUAAGGCUGCGUACGAUACACCCUUGAGGUGGGACCCUUCCCCGGACACCGCGCAUAGCGGUAGCUUUAGUGCACCGGGCUGCCCUUUUUUAAGUAGCUCUGUCUAGAUAGUUUGGAGAUUCCUUACCUUUCGUACUCUUGUUUAUUUUCUGCAGAUUUUACUGCCAUAUGGUGACUCCUAAUGGGGAAAAGCAACGUUUACUUCUUGAUGUACUUAGCAACCUUCCUGAAAAUGUAAUCGAUAACAUACUUUUGUGUUUGCCUUUACGAGAUGCUGUGAGGACAAGUAUCUUAUCGAAAAAAUGGAGAUAUAAUUGGUGCAGACUUCCACAGCUGAAGCUUGAUCAAACACUCUGGGAAACAACGAAUGACUUAAUAUCCCCCACUGUUAGAUUUACUGACGUUGUCUUUCACCUUUUGACUCUUCAUGCAGGACCAAUUCCUAAGUUCAUUCUCUCUAUCGUUGAUCCUUGAUCCUGUCGACUUCCCUAAGAUUGACAACUUGAUAUAUUUCCUCUCAAGAAGUGGCAUUCAACAUCUUGUUCUUCAACUUCCAACGGGUAACCUAUACAAACUGCCUUCUUCGUUUUUCAUAUGUUUGCAGUUGAGGCAUUUGACUCUCCAGAGAUGUUUAGUACGUCCUCCACCGGUUUUUAAGGGAUUUGAUAGAUUAAUUAGCCUAGAACUGCGUCAAGUCACAAUUUCUACUGAAGCUCUUGGAAGUUUUAUCUCCGGUUGUCCGUUGCUUGAGCAUUUAGUGCUGGAACACUCAGAUAAUCCAAACCACAUGGAAAUUAAUGCUCUCAAGUUGAGGUCAUUUGUGUUUAUAGGCAAUAUACAUUUUAUAAAUCUAAAAUAUGUCCCUCUUCUUGCAAAAGUUUCACAUGAGUCUAUAGAAUCCUCUGUAAAGGCAGGAAAUUAUGAUCUUGCGGCAUUUUUCAAGUCUAUUCCUGCUCUCGAGAAUCUUCACUGGGAUUACAGUAACUUCCGUUCAUGUUUUCAGGACCAGGUGAAGUACCAGAAAAGCUUCCUUCUGCUCUUAACUGCCUUAAACGUCUUUACCUAUCCGAGGUCUGCGUGGCGGAACAUGUCGAGGUUGCAUGGGCUCUUUGCUUGAUAAGAAGCUCCCCAUAUUUAGAGGAACUUGAAAUUAAGGGGCCUGGUGAUCUUUCUGGUGAAUUACUUGCUUUUGUACCUUGGGGCGUUGAGGAUGAAAUUCCUGCAAGCUUCUCAGAUGUGACAUAUAAUUACCUCAGGGUAGUUAAGAUUAAAGGUGUAGCAGGAGCAAAAGUUGAAAUGCAACUUAUCAAGGUUUUAUUGGCCAAGUCUCCGGUGUUAAGGAGAAUGGUGAUCGACCCCGAUAUAGGAGGUGAUGAAUCUCUCAAAGUACUUGCGCAGAUAACAAAAUUUCAGCGGGCAUCACUGAAAGCAGAAGUUGUAUAUAAUGUGAAUGCCUAUCCUGAUUAGGAACCUGCUUGAUUAUAUCAAACCAUGAUCUUCGAUCGGCCAAGAUGUUUUGAAAACUUCAGUGUCAAUAAAUAGAAA